CUAAAUAAUAAUAAUAUAUGUACAAUACGAUGGAUGGCGGACGGAGUAAAGUGUAAACCCGUCAUAUCACCAUCAAGCACAAUUACAGUUGGUGCUCCUAGAAAGAACUGUCUGGCAUUGUCCAGAUUAGUCCAAUCUUCUGUCCUGGACAUGUUCCGUUUACAGAAGCAAGAUAAAUCUUUCGAUCUUUAUCUUGUCUAAAUGCUGCAGUUUCACGUUCUUCUGUGGAACCUAAGUGCACGUCGAUAACCGGGAAUAAAACCAGAAUUAACGCGGUUUAGCGAAAUUUCUGUUGCGUUGUCAGAUCUCGUUGGCUUCAACUGAGCGGUCCAUGCAUCCUAUGAUUCUGCUUGUGUAUUCGUCUUAUAGAAUUUUAUUCUAUGGCCUGUUUCUAGACUGUCGCCUGCGUCAGUGAAUUUCUCUGGUUGCCAGAGGCACAUGUAAACUAACUCUUUACCAGAUGAACGGCUACUCCACGCGGAAAGUGGUAGACCUGUAUUCCAGGCACACUACAUGCCACGUCGUUCUGACUUCAGUAUGCCCUUCUUGGCCGGCUUCUACGACGUCCGUUUCACACAUCAUGGCCGUCAAAACAAAUGGACAGAACAGGAUACAUUGCAUUAACGGCUCUUCAAUAAAAUCAGACGCCACUGGACCGGUUAAAUACUGGAUCUUACCUUAGAAACCAAUACCAACAAACAGACGCUUCAGACAACACAUUUUUCUAGAGUUCGUUCCCCAAUUCCGGGAAAUUACAGAACGAAACAAAACAUCUGAUCAGCCACGUUGUAAAACGAAGGUGUGGACAUGAUUUAGUUCAGUUCUGUGAGACACCUGUGCACAAGUGUAAACGGAUAAGGUGAGUGAAAUCGAAGUCGACGCAGAACGUCUGCCAAAUUCAGUGGAGAACAUACGUUCAGUCGAUAAAAUACAGCAUUAUUAAACGCCUCCGUCCUCAACCCUGAAAAUGGGGCAGUGUAUUUCUUCGAAAAGUUGGUAUCGACCCACAAAUCCACAUGGCGUCGCUAACUCAGAAGGGUAACAGCUGACGUUGCAUGUACUGCCAGAAUGAGCGUAAUUAAAGUAUGUCCACCACCAUCAGAGCUGUGUGCAAUAAAGACGAACAUCCAUUGCCCUGAGGAAGGAUGCAAGAGCGUAUUUAAAAAUACUGCUAAUUUAGAUAUGCAUUUAUUGAAGCACCAUAAAAAGAAAGAAAUUUUAAAGAAAGACGAGGGUGUAAAUUGCCACUAUCAUUGCCCUGUCGAAGGAUGUCCAUAUAACUUAAGUUUAGGCCAAUUUUUCAAGCGUUUGAAAUAUUUGAAACAGCAUUACUUGAAAGUCCAUGCAGAAAAGGCUUUUCAGUGUGAAAAGUGUCUGAAAGGUUUCUCAACAGAAGCAGCAAAGAACCAUCACUCAAGAAUUUGUGGGAUUAAAUUCAGUUGCUCCUGUAACCACACUUAUGAUUCAUAUGAGGCACUGCUAACUCAUGCAAAGAGGUUUUCACAUACUUUUGAUGAAAAGUUCAAAUUAUAUGGAAAAGCUCUUAUUGGCACAGCAUUUGAAAAGGAAAAGAAAGUUACAAAUGUGAACAUCUGCAAAGAACGUCAGUCUGUUUCAACAGCAGUUGCUGUGCCAGUACACUUUCUAGCAGCUGUUGCUCUCAGUGAGCUCUCUGGUAAAAGCUUAAAAACAGCUGUGGAUAAAGGAGUUCAAACAGAUGGGCAAAUGGUAGUCAAUAAAAGAACAAAAAAGGCACCCAGUCCAUUUAAAUCCUGUGAGAGGGCAACUAAACGCAGGAUGUCAGCUCAAACUCAGACAGGAAUUUUGUCACGAAACAAACGUCCAAAAAUCAGUGCACAGACUCAAACUAUAGGUGAUUACAUCCUCAAAAAGGCAAUGAAAGAUGCUGAUAUUCUGAUUCCACAUGAGACUCAAAGAUCAACUACAAAACAGACAAUGCACGGUGCAACAAAGAAGAAAAAGAAAAGUAUGGAGACACAAACUAUGACUCAUGUUGGUACUAAAACAAAAUUUCAAAAUCAGCAUUUAAAUGAAUUUCUUAUGAAGUAUCCACACUCGGACACUAAUUUUACUUCCUUAAGUGACUUUUCAUCAACAACUGAUAUGACUGACAAUUCUAGUUCAUAUAGACUUGGGAUUGAUGUGGGACUGCCAGAUCUGUGGGUUAGCUUGAAAUAUUCAUCAGGUACACAAACAAGUCCCACAGCAAUGAAUGCUUUAUUGGAACAAGAAGAAAUAUUAAGCCACAGUGUAACGCAAACUGAUCUAAAUUUGUCAUUUCUUGAAUCGGAAUCAUGUGAGCCUACUUCAAGUAGCAUCCAUUCAAGUUCCCAAACAAUGUGUAACUUACAAAAAUAUUUUGAAGAUAAUUCAAAUUGCAGUUUUAGCACAGAAGUUAAUAAUGUAACUCCCUCAUUUGAGCCUGAAUUGGCUACUUCUUUAUGUAGGUCAAACAUAGAAACUAAUCUGGGAACAUUAGCUGAUGAGGCCACAUUCUCACCUUCACAAAUUGACACUUUCCUAAUGCAACGUCGUAAAAUUUCGUUUGAUGUAAAUCGUUCCUGCAGCACAGAAACUCAGACAGAAUUCGAUUUUAGUGACCAUCUGUUUACAGACUGUGCUGAUGAAGAUACAUCUUUCACGUUUUGUUCCAACAUUGAAACACAGACUACUGAGGAAUUUUCUUCUUUUGAUCAUCUUCUUUAUAUAAAUAUGUGUACUCAAACUUGUGAUGAUAAUUUUUACUCUGAACUUGAAUUUGCGAAUACCCAAACACAAACAGCAUGGCCACAAUUUGGCAUGGAAGACUCUAUGUUCGUUUCAACAGAAACUCAAACGGCAUUGUCGGGAUGCUCCAGUACAUUCAGUUGCAUAAAUAAAUUAUGGCCAACUUCCAAAAUAAAUUCUGAAACAAGUCACAUGGAAACCCAAACAAAUGUAUAUGAAUUCAAGGAUCUUAUUGCAGAAUUGUCAAAGCAGGAAUCAAAUGACAAGUUAUUAUGAUAUUUGUGGAAAUUAUAGAUGAAAUGAAAUUCAUGAAACAGACAUCUGUGAAAGUGAAUCUAGUCAGAAACACUUAAUGUAUAUGAUUGAAGCUGCUGACUGUCUGCCCUUGGGCACUGCCAGGAAAUGAUUAUGAAUUUAUUUGUGCAUGACAGAGCACUGAUUUGAAAAUGGGCAAAUGAGUCGCAUUAGUACAUUAUGCACCAAAAUCUUAAUGUGUUAAACUCCUUUGUAUUUCUCUCUUUAAUGAGGCAGCUGUUAUUUGGCACUUUAAAUAUCUGGCUUACAUGUUAUAAAUAAAUAGAAAUAUGAAUAUAUGGUAA